UUCGCAGCUAAAUUCGUCAAACAAAACAGAAGCAUGAGGCCAUUCAUCCAUUGACGGAGAGAGCGAGCGAUGGCGUCCGGUUGGGGAAUAUCGGGAAACAAAGGCAGAUGCUACGAUUUCUGGAUAGACUUCAGCGAGUGCAUGUCUCGUUGCCGUGAACCCAAGGACUGUGUUCUCCUCCGUGAAGACUACCUCGAGUGCCUCCACCACUCCAAAGAGUUUCAACGAAGAAAUCGUAUUUACAAGGAAGAGCAGCGUAAACUUAGAGCAGCUACACGGAAGGGCACGGAAAGUGGAGAUGGUAUUGAUAAACACCAUUAGCGGUAAUCAAUUACCUUUCAAAAGUUCUACUAAUAAAAAUUCUUUGAAGAUAUUGUAUUUGUCUGGACUCGUAUUUUGAUUUGUUCAAGUGACAUUAUUUUUUGUUUACCCUGUGAUGGAUGUGGGUGGUUUUGGUUUGUGCAAUAAUGUUGUAAACGUCAAUAACCUCUACUUGUGUAGCCGUAUUUGCUACUCGAGUCUUGGUAUUUGCCUUGUUAAGCCAAGUACACAACAUUUCUAGACUAAUAUUUGGAACCUCUUCAGAUAUCAUUUUAUUUCAGGUUGUCAGGCUA